ACUCCACUCCCAACCAUACUCAGCUUUAGACGGCUUCUUCCUGCUUGUUGGUGGUCGGGUCACGCUGCUAAUUGGGGUUCAGACUGAGUAACACCGGGAGUGAGGGACAUGGUGUGACUCCCAGAAAACCCUCAGGACAUCAAACAGAUUACAUGGACUUUCCUUGAAUGGAUACUUAUAUGGACACUUUUGUUUCACUCUGUUUGAGAACAUCUUCUGCUGGCACAACAGCGACACCUAGUGGUGACAAGUUUGACUAUGUGGGCUGCAUGCUGCAACUGGCUGUGUUUUGAUACAGAGCCACAAGAGUUUUCACAGGGUAAUAGAACACAAGUUUUUUCCAAUUCAAACUUCAUGACUGCUCCUCCUGUUUCAGAAAUCUCCUGUGGAGCUUGUGGUAUCCGUUUUGCAGCAUGUGCUAGAAAGAACCCCUGCAUGGAUUGCAAGAAUUACUACUGCACAUCGUGUCUAAUCCAGACAAACAAUGGCCAAUCCCUUUGUCAAGUAUGCAGAAACAUCCGCUCCACAGCUUUUGACCGAGAUGAGUUGAUGAAGCUUAGAGUAAAAGACUUGCGAGAUUACUUAACUUCUAAAGACAUACCUAUAGACCUUUGUCGAGAAAAAGAAGAUCUCGUACAGCUUAUUUUGUUUCAUAAACCCCCAGUUUUUAGUGCUGAUAGGACCAAUGUGCCUACGUCUACUUCUAACCAAAGCACAACAAAUCAAAGAACUGAUUCCAGCAACACACCUGGGCACCCUUCUUCAAAUAAUUCAGCAGCAAACAGAAAUGGUUCAUCCAAUGCCCAAGGCACAGCUGGAGAACAUUUGGGGAAUUCUGAAUCAUCAGACCCAGAGGAGAAUCUGGCACCUGGGAGGAGGGCAUCCCUCUCUGAUAUCACCUGUGUUGAUGACAUUGAAGCCCUUUCUGUGCGUCAGCUAAAGGAGAUCUUGGCCAGAAAUUUUGUUGACUAUAAAGGCUGCUGUGAGAAGUGGGAACUCAUGGAACGUGUUACCCGGUUAUACAAUGAACAAAAGGGUCUUCAGCAGAAGGCCGCUGAUGCUGAAGCAGAAGGCAUUCAUGGUUCAACAAGUGAUGAGCAUCUCUGCAAGGUCUGCAUGGACUCCCCCAUUGACUGUGUUCUGUUAGAGUGUGGCCAUAUGGUCACUUGCACCAAGUGUGGGAAGCGCAUGAGCGAGUGUCCUAUCUGCCGACAGUAUGUAGUGAGAGCAGUGCAUGUCUUCCGCUCCUGACUCCCUGAACUGCCGAGAUUACUAUCCUGCUUGGAACAGUGGCCUCUUCAGCUGUACAUGCCUUCAGGCUUAGUGCUGUUCUUCAGUGUUUAGCCACCUGGAUAGAGGAAGUAUUGAAGACUGCCUUUACCCUUGCAACAUAUACAAUAGUAACAUGGAAUGGCAUUUCUACAUUGCAUAUAGACAUCUCUUGCACUACUUUUGCAAAAUAUUCUUUCUGAAAGUUUUUACUUAUCCAUGUAAAACAUCUUUAACCAAGGAUGCAAAUCUUACACCAAAUUCAAUAUAUGAUGCUGCAAACCGUAUUUACAGCAGCUGUAGAGCUAUGUUUCACAUUCAUUUUUUAUUUCAAAAGGGUUGCCCUGUAACAUCCCUGACAAAGUGAAUUCAUAUCCCUGACCCAUACAUAGGCUUCUGUGAAAUAAUAGAUUUUCAGAUUGACAUGGCAAAGUACAGGAGAAAUUGUACUUUUAAUACUGAUUUCUUUAGUAUUAGUAAAACUGUCUUAAUUUGAGCUUAUGGUAGUAUUAUGACCCAACCAAAUCAGCACCGUUCAGGUGACAAUGACCUAUAUAUUUUUAAAACACACAUUCAAAGUCUAGUUGGUGCCUUUCCCUGUUGCCUUAACUUUUAUCAUUAAUGAAGAGCUUUUAGGGAGAUAUCCGAGAGGGAAAAAAUAGUUUUGUACUUUCAAAUUAAUAUUUUGAUACAAUAUUUAGCAGUGAUUUUUUUUUUAAUUUUGUCUUUCUAUUUUAAAAGCUAGUAAGGGCAGGUGCCAAUGGACAAAGGUAAUAUGUUUAUAAUGGAAGGUCUGGCAAUUGCUCUUAAUACAUAUUUUUAUUUUGUAUUUGCACUGCAAAAUUAUUUUCUUAAUGUGAAGAAAAAAUAUCACUGGAACAGCAUUAAAGCUCUUUUUUUUUUGUGACCAGAGCACCAUUAAAUCAGGGUGUAAACUAUUUCAAAAUGGCUGCUUGACAGUUCAUGGGAGACCAAAGAAGGGUGCUUGUUCACCUUUAUAGGAACUUAACAAAUGCUUUCUCUAAUCAGGUUUGGAUUUUCUAAUAAAUCCAUCGUAGACUA